AUGCCGGUGUUCUUGACCAAGAAGGAGAGGAAGAAGCUGAGAAGACAGAGCAGAAGAGAGGCGUGGAAAGAAGAACAAGAGAAGGUGCGACUCGGCUUAGAAGCGCCGCCCGAGCCUAAAUUGAGGAUAUCGAAUCUGAUGCGAGCCCUAGGCACAGAGGCAGUGCAAGACCCGACAGCGAUCGAGGCGAAAGUUCGAGAGCAGAUCGCGAAGCGACAAAAGACCCACCAGGAAGCGAACAAAGCGAGGGCGUUGACUAAGGAGCAAAAACGGGAGAAGGUCGAUAGAAAAAUUCGCGAAGACACUACGAUGGGAGUGCACGUGGCCGUGUACAGGAUCAAGGAUCUGUUCGAGUGUGCGUCCGCCAAGUUCAAGGUGGAGGUGAACGCUCAGCAGCUGCACAUGACCGGGUGCGUCGUGCUGCAUCGGGGCUGCUGCGUUGUCGUCGUGGAGGGGGGGCCGAAGCAGCACGCCAAGUAUAAAAGAUUGAUGCUGCACCGUAUCAAGUGGGAGGAGGAGACGAUCAAGGAUUCCGACGGCACCGAAGCUCCUAACAGCUGUCAGUUGGUGUGGGAGGGGACGACCGCGGGGCGCUCUUUCGGCGACAUCAAGUUCAAGGUUAUGCCAACGGAGAAGCAAGCGAGAGAAUUGUUCCAGAAGCACAAAGUCGAACAUUAUUGGGACCUGGCGUAUAGUGGCGCAGUACUGGGAUCUGUGGACGAGCCAUAG